AUGCCAGUCUCAGCCAGGCUACCCAUCGCAGAAUCCACGGCUCCCCCCGCAACGCGGCCAUCCACCCCGCAGGCGAACGCAAAAAUAAAUCGGCGCGGCCGCCUCCAACGGUCAUCUCUCCUCUCCACAGCCAAAUCCCGUCCAGGCCUUCCCCACGGAUCCGUCCAAUUCAAAAAUCGAAUCCUCCCUGUAGCUCCGCUUCUCCCCCAAGCCCCUAUUCCCAAAUCGCCCGCUCGUCUCCUCCUCGCGAGCCCCCGACCCCAAACCCGACGAGGCCCGGCGUGCGGAUCCCCUCCUCCCCCGACCCCCCAGAUCGCAGCGAUGGAGCCGGAUCCUGUCGCCGUGGGGGCACCCUCUUCGCCGCCGGCCGCGUCUUCACCGCCGCAGCUGCAACCGCGAGAUGACGAGGAGCGCGGCGCGUUGGAGUGCGCGGAUCCCGCGAGCCUAGACCGAUGCACUGCCGGAGGAGAUUCGAAAACCGACGCGCCGCCAUCGCCCAUGCCGGCCACGCCGCAGCCGUCGCCUCAGCAGCCCGCAGGUGAGGACGCGGCGGCGAGCUGCGAGGUGGAGAAGGAGCAGGAGCAGCAGCAGCAGGAGGUGGUGGUCCCAGGAGUAGGGGAGGCUCUGCGCAACUUCAUGGAGGAGUUUGGAGAUCAAGGAGAGAACUCACUUGUCCUGUCUCCGCGGCUGAAGGAGAUUGCCACUCCUGACCGCCCUGCUGCCCUCCGCUUCCUCGGGGAAAAGUAUAACAGCCUCAUGGAGAGGUACAAACAGCAGGUGGCAAAGUGCGCUGAUGAGUGCACGCCUAGAUAUGAAUAUGAUGGCCUGAAGAAGAAGUACACAGAUGAGUGUGCAGAGAGGAGGCGUCUAUACAAUGAAAUUAUUGAGCUGAGGGGGAACAUUAGGGUAUUCUGCAGAUGCAGGCCUCUGAGCUCUGAUGAAGUCACUCGUGGGUGCUCGUCUGUGAUCGAGAUUGACCCAUCACAGGAGACCGAGCUGCAGUUCGUCCCCUCUGAAAAAGAAAGAAAGGCCUUCAAAUUUGAUCGUGUGUUUGGCCCAGAGGAUGACCAAGAGGCUGUAUUUGUAGAGACUGUGCCUGUUGUUAGGUCAGUGAUGGAUGGCUUCAACGUAUGCAUAUUCGCUUAUGGACAGACAGGGACUGGGAAAACUUUCACAAUGGAAGGGGUUCCAGAAAAUAGAGGUGUAAAUUAUAGAGCUUUGGAAGAACUGUUCAGAAUGUCCGAGAAGAGAAGCACGUCCGUUACCUACACAUUUUCUGUAAGCAUAUUGGAAGUCUACAAUGAGAAAAUCAGAGACCUGCUUGAUGAGAGCAACGAUCAAUCAAAAAGGUUGGAUAUUAAGCAAAGUGCUGAUGGAAUGCAAGAGGUUUCUGGCUUAGUUGAGGCUCCAAUCUGUAAUAUUGAUGGGGUGUGGGAGAAACUCAAAUUCGGCGCCAGAAAUAGAUCUGUUGGAACGACCAAUGCUAAUGAACUCAGCAGCCGCUCGCACAGUUUGGUGAGGGUUACCGUUAGGAGCGAGCAUUUGGUGACGGGUCAGAGGAGCAGAAGCCAUAUGUGGUUGGUUGACCUUGCGGGAAGUGAAAGAAUUGCUAAAACUGGAGUACAAGGAGAUAGGCUGAAGGAGUCACAGUUCAUCAACAAAUCACUAUCUGCCUUGGGUGAUGUUAUAUCUGCCCUUGCCUCAAAAAAUUCCCAUAUCCCAUACAGGAACUCCAAGUUGACUCAUUUGCUCCAAAGCUCAUUAGGUGGAGAUUGCAAGACUCUAAUGUUCGUGCAGAUAAGUCCAAGCUCCACAGAUUCAGGAGAAACUCUCUGUUCCCUCAAUUUUGCUAGUAGAGUCCGGGCGGUAGAACAUGGCCCUGCUCGUAAGCAAGCGGAUCCAGCAGAAAGUUUGAAGUUCAAACAGAUGUCCGAGAAACUACGGCACGAGGAAAAGGAAAAUGCACAGCUGAAUCAAAGCUUGCAGUUGAUGCAGCUCAAGUAUACGUCUCGUGAGAAUGUAUUUAGGACACUAAAUGAAAAGGUGAAGGAUGCUGAGCAAGCAUGCCGAAAUUAUCAGCAGCGGAUUAGAGAGCUGGAAAAUGAAUUAGGUAAUGAGAGGAAGGCUGCUAGGGAUUCUGCUAGAUCCUCGAGGCCACCACUUGUUCCUAUGAGGCAGAGGCAACCUCAGGGAAGGAAUAACAACUAUCCACCACCUUCAGGCCCUUCUAGGUCGAGGUUCAGUAAAGCACCCGCAGGUCAAAACAAGGAGAACAUUCCUGUGAUGACUAACAAAGCACAUCUUGGGGCUGAUAAUAAGGCUGUCGGCAAAGCAAGGCGUGUAUCUCUUACUCCGGUGAUCCGACAGAUCCCUAUCCAGCCCAAGAGGCGAUCCUCAAUGGCAAUCCUACCAUCUCUGAGCGAGCAGCUGUCUGUGCUCAAUGAAAAGAGAGCAGCGUCUCGACUGUCUCAUGUUUAUGUGCCAAGAAGAUCAGUAGCAGCAUUUGGAUCAAUCCCAUCAACACCCCUAGCAGGACAUGGGGCAGUUGAUGCAACCCCAGAUGGAGCUAAGUUAAGGAGAAUUGAUUUCGGCAGCAGCAGCAAGUUCACAAGUCCCCCCCCUCCUUUUGGCAUGUUGAACAAAUUGUUAACACCGCAGCAUAAGCAGGGAAUGGCACCAGCAGGAGGUCCUGGGAACACAAGCAGGCUGUGUUUCAGCAUCCAGAAAAAAGUUGCGGUUUCACUUAAUUCACCUGGUCGGGCCAAACCCAGUGUGCCCUCUGGUACGGGCAUCUUCAACCCAGCUUUGCGUGAGCAGAUGGUGGUGGGGAGAACAGGAAAUGCACUGAGGGUGCUCAACAAGAGAAGACAAUCUGUCAUCUAAUUCUAGUGUUCUGGAAGCGAAAGAUACAGCUCAUGUUUGGACGUUCAAACGGAGCUGCGGAACUGAAGCGAAAGAUACAGCUCAUGCCCUGGGAAGUGAGCGUGUUGAUAAGGAAACUGUGUUAGGACUCGAGAUGUUGUUCUUUUCAUGAUUAUUAUAUGCGUUGUACUUAGUUAUGAGUUGAUAAUAAUACCAUGUUAGCAUUGUUCAUGGAAGCCGUUCAUUGUAUUCAUUUGUUACUAAGAAUCGCUUGCUUGAAUUUCGACUCGUCUGUUUGUUUCAUGGCA